AUGAACAAUGAGUCAAGUAUAUCUGAGUUUAUUCUCCUUGGACUUUUCAAUCCGCCAGAACUGGACAUUGUCCUGUUCUUUCUCUUUCUCGUUAUGUACAUCAUAACUAUAAUUGGUAAUGGUGUUAUAAUGAUCAUCACAAAUGUGGACAGCACUCUUAACACUCCCAUGUAUUUCUUCCUGGGUAAUUUAUCGCUCUUGGAUACCAUCUGUACAACAUCCACUGUACCCAAUAUGUUGGCUAAUUUCUUUUCCUCAAAAAAAGUUAUAUCUUUCCAUGGAUGUGUUAUUCAGAUGUUUGUGUUUACUGCUGCUAUGGACACUGAAUUCCUACUUCUGACCUUUAUGUCCUUUGAUCGUUACCUGGCUAUUUGCAAUCCCUUAAGAUAUAAAAGUAUCAUGAGAAAACGUUCCUGUAUUUGUAUGUCUGCCAUCGUAUGGUCUUUUGGUUUAACAAGUUCAACUUUUCAUACAUCAAGCACUUCAUGGUUGUCUUUCUGUGACUCUAACAAAAUCAACCAUUUUUUCUGUGAAGUCCCACAAGUGUUGGCUUUGUCGUGCUCUGACACUGCUUUAAACCAAAUGGUACUUAUAUUUACAGAUCUUGUAUUGGGAUUGAUAUGCAUUCUCUUUAUUUUUCUUUCAUACCUGUUUAUCAUUAUCGCCAUAUUAAAAAUUCGUUCUGCUGAAGGUAAAAAAAAGGCCUUUUCUACCUGUGCCUCUCAUCUCACAGUUGUAGUGUUAUUUUAUGGGACACUGAUUUUUGCUUACUUCAAACCAUCAACACUUACAUCAAAUGCUGACAAGGAAAUUGCUGUGCUGUACACUAUUGUCAUACCAAUGCUGAACCCUAUACUUUACAGUCUGAGGAAUAAAGAAGUGAAAGGCUCUGUUCAUAAAAUUAUUUUUAAAAGAAUAUUUUAG